CUGUGGAAUAUAGACGACGAACAAAAAUAAAACUUUGGAAAGUUAUUCGCGAAAGAACUGAAAUAGUUGCGUGAAUUUAAGUAUACUUAAGGUGGUUAAUUUAAUUUUAAGUUUGUGUUGAGUGUUUUUACAUGGAUUUUAUGUGUUUAUGAGAUACUUUUUAUUAAAUAAAACAUGAUCAUAGAAAAUCCCGACGCUUUCAAGAGUUGGUUGACGUCCAUAUUGGAACCACUAUGUGAUGCAGAUCCACCGGCACUCGCCAAGUACGUUUAUGCGUUGGUGAAGAAAGACAAGCCACUCGAUGAGCUCCGGGACGGGAUGCUGGAUCAGCUCGAUGUGUUCCUACAGCAAGAGACAAAACCCUUUGUGGACAUGCUGUUCAAGACUCUCGAGAAUCAGGAGUACCUCAAACACGCUGACAAUGAUAGUGAGAAAAAAGAACCGUCACCACAGCCGGAGCCGGUGGUGCUCGAGAAAGAAAUCGAAGAGGAAAACCACGACGUGCCCGUUCCAGUCGCCGCAGCGCCGGCCGUGCGGGCGCGCGCCGACAGCGCGGGCGCGCACCGCACCGUGGUGCCGCGCGCGCGGGGCCCGCCGCACCACGAGCAGACGCUGGUCAAGGUGUUGCCAACUGAACUUCUAGAAGAACCAGUCGACCCGCCCAGGAGAAGAGACAGAAGAAAUGAUUCGUUGCGCGACAAGGAGGAGCGCCGCCGACGCCGCUCGCGCUCGUGGGAGCGGCGCGGGCGCGGCCGGCGCGCGCACGAGCACGAGCGCAGGUGCGCCAGGAGACCGAUAUCACGAUCACCGUCACCCCGCGGUCGGUAUCGGAACAGAAGCCCGCCGCCCGCCAACGCGGACCGGCACGGGAGCAGAUCGCGGUCAAGAUCUCCGACGUUAAGGGAACGUGAGCUGGACCGGGAGAGGGACAGAGUGCGCGUGGUGCGCGACAUGGAGCGAGACAGGAUGUCGCGGGACCGGGAGCACAGGGACCGGAUCUCGCGGUCUAGGGAUCGAGAUCGGUCGCGGGACCGCUCCAUGUCGCCCCCCGGCGCACGCAUGGACCACGCAGACGCCUACAGGCGCCGCUGUCGAGACUUUGACGUGAAGGGCUACUGCAUGCGCGGCGACCUGUGCGAGUGGGACCACGGCGCCGACCCCGUGGUGCUGGAGGACGCGGCGCUGUCGCGCGUGCUGGCGCUGCCGCCGCCGCUGCCCGUGCCCGUGCCCGGCCCGUGCGGCGAGUACAACCCCGCCGCGCCCGACAUCUGGGCCGCCGGCGUGGUGGGCUACGCGCCGCCCGCGCACCCGCCGCCGCGCCUCGCGCCGCGCGAGCUCGUGCCCAUCCCCAGGGUGCGCCACGACGCGCCUGCACCGCCGCCGCCCAGGCACGGCUCCGGGAAGAAGGGCUUCGAGUACAACAGGCUCGGUGCCCCAAGACCUCCUCUGCCCGCUAACGCGGCGAACUGCUCGCUCGAAGUGAAAAAGGUUCCCCCGGGCCUGAACGAGAUCAAACACUUGGACAGUCAUUUCAGCAAGUUUGGGAAAAUUGUUAAUAUACAGGUCUGUUACGAGGGAGAUCACGAAGCAGCUCUCAUCACAUUUUCAACUCCAACGGAAGCGAACGUUGCCUACAAGAGCACUGAAGCGGUGCUCAAUAAUAGAUUCAUUAAAGUCUUUUGGCACAACCCUGAGAACAAACAAGAGAAUACGGCGCCCGGCGGUCAAAAGGCGAACAAACAAGCGGAUCGACAGAAUCAUCUCAUGUCCCACAAUAAGGUGUUAAUUAACAGAGACAACAUCAAAGCGACCGCCGACGUCAAACAGGCUGAGAAGGCGAAGGAGACGGGCAACGGUACGACGGCGGUGGUCGGCAAGCCGCUGGGCAAGGCGGGCGCCGGCGGCCUGCAGAUGGUGGAGGCGCAUCGCCGCGGACACAAGCUGCUGCAGACGCAGCUGCAGCACCAGCAGCUGCUCAUACAGAGCCUGGAGUCCGGAAACGUAACGGAACAACACAAAGCUGUCCUGAUGAAGACGAUCAACACGAUGCAGGAGGGCAUCGAGAAGCUGCGGAAGGAGCUCGUCGCCAACCAGGGGAUAUUGAAGCAGAUGCAGGACGAGUCCGUGUCAAGAUCGAUGUCUCGGCUGCAACUCGAGCAGAUGAACGCAAAGAAACCGAAAACGUUACAGGAAGUACAAAAGGAUAUUUUGGAUGCUGAAUUAGAUAUUAUAACAAAACAACAGGAGGGUCAAGAUGUGUCGGAGUUAGCGAAGAAUAUAGCAGAGAUGAGACGUCAGAUGGCGCUGCAGUUCCCGACGUUUUCCGGAAGACUAAGAACGCACUCGAGAGGCGGGCGCUUCAACGCGGCGAUGCGCUACUCGCGCGGCGGCGCGGCGGCGAAGGCCUUCAGCGUCAACCAGUCGGUGGACCACCGGCCGCGCGCGCUGCUGGUGUCCGGCUUCGAGCCCGACGAGCUGGAGGCGCUGCAGGCGCACUUCGCGCAAUUCGGCGAGAUAACGGGCAAGGAGGUGAACCUGUCGGUGCCGGAGCUGGUGGUGCAGUACCGCGCCAGGGCGCACGCCGAGCAGGCGCUGCUGCGCGCGCGACACUACAACGACCGGACGCUCUCGAUCACGUGGGUGACCAACGGCAAGGCGCUGGGCGCCGCCGCCGCGCACAACGGGGACUCCGCCGCCGACCACAAGGAGGUGCAGAAUCAGAAGGAGCCAUCGUCGGACCCGCUGCUGCGCUUCGACGAGGACGAAGAGGACGAGGAGGACCGCUCGUGGAGGCGUUGACCUCCGACCGGCGCUGGCCUCGUCGCCGGCCUCUCGCCCCUCCGGAUCCCCCUCCUCGUACUGCUCGUAGCCUCGACGUUCGACGUAUUACUCUCGAUGUAACUCGGUGCCCUGAUCUUACAAAACGAAUG